AUGGUGUUGGGUGACUUGGGCAAUCACUCAUCGUUGUGUACAAACAUCGGUCUUAGCCGUGAUAUUGAAGCUGGCUGGUCCCUGUUGCCAUACUAUCAACCCUCGAGGCGCUGGUUGGAAGCAGCUAAGUCUACUCUGCCUGGUCGCGAUCAUACGUCCAGAUCCACUCCCUCCUUAGACGGCAGAGGGGGUGCAGAUUUAGCAUCUAAAGAUGGAAAGCCAACGAAAAGGACGGGUCCUAACUACGUAUACUAUCGUCUAUACACCAAACUUGGUGCAUUCAAAUCAAAUCGCCCCCUUUACGACAACAACCGUUUCAUUGGCCGCAUUCCAACAAAGUCUUUCGCCCCUCCUCAUACGGUAGCAUCUAUCAGGCGCUCCCUAUGCAAAUUUGAGGGCCUCUCUGAGCCCGACAAGGCGCUUGUCUUCACACCACUCUCAAGCCCAGCACCGAUGGAAAACUCUGCGCGCCUCUCUCUCUUUGCUCCUUCUGGGCCAGGCUUGUCUGAACAAGAUCUGAUCGUGCUGGUUGUCGAGUCGGAGAAGAGGACCAAGAACAUUACGCUGUCGGAGAAGCUCCCGGAAUGCUCUGAUGAUACUGAUAUCCACUACGUGUACUAUCACCUUUACUCAUCAGAAGGAGAUGGAGAUGAAAAGGCAAAGAGGUCCUUUGAUGAGAGUGACAUGUCAUUAGGGCGCAUCAACGCCAUCUUCAUCGCUCCCCCUCAUACUGCUGGGUCUUUGAAAGCAUGCAUUGCAAAAGCUGAAGGCCUUGUCACACCCAGUCAUGUGCUCUACAACGACAUGGAACUCUUCCAAGACAUGACUAGUGAUGCUGCCAUGAGUGACACCGAUGUCAUAUCCUUCCAAGGUGACACUUAUCCGGGUAGCGAUGAAGGUGAUCCCGUAGCCCUUGUCAAUGCAACUGCCAAUACAGCUGCAGACCAAAAGACCAAGCCUACACCAAAGCCUACACCAGAUGGACCAGAUUCAAAAUUCAUGAAACACGCUUGGUUGACUCGUACUUUCGGUACUUAUUCAGGAUACAUGGCGAUUAAUUCCAAGGGUGACAAAGGCUUUGUGAAUGGGGAAUAUCAGAGAGAGAGUAUGCUUUUGGAAUGGGAUCUGUCAGGACUUAUAAUCUGUACUUUACCCUCCCCGGCUUAA